CAAAUCAACAGCAAUUGGUGUAAUUACAUUUCGUAUAAAGAUCCGUAGUCUAGUUAUAUGAAACUAUUUCUUGAUAUAUUUUUAUCUUAAUAAUUAUAUUUAGUGAAUAGAAGGUUAUCGAUAAAUUGAUAUAUUCUAACGUAACAAAUCCUGAUCUAAUAACUGCUCGUUACAUAGCAACUUGCCGUACAUAAGUUAUAUUAGUAAGUUAGUAGUCAAUUAGAUUAGUGUCAUUGGGUUGCAUAUAAUUCACAAUUGUUCAAGAUUUUUUUAGAUGACAUUACGUGUCGUAUUUAGGAAACAGUUUACAUCGUUAUUCAUUUCAACGAAAGCAUUCACUUAUUCUACUUCGAGAUUCAAUAUGAUCGACUUUCUACUGCAACUGUUUUCUAUUGGCUGAUCGAGUCAGAUCGAGUCACUCGCGUGCUGGUAGUUACUAAAUAAUGGCAAACGUAUUUUCUCUGUCUUUUUAAAAUCAAAUAGUUUAAAAGAAAAAUGGUAAUCGCGAUCGGAUUCGAAGGUAGCGCGAAUAAAUUAGGUAUCGGAAUAAUUCGAGAUAAUGAUGUUUUGUCGAAUGUUCGACAUACCUACGUUACACCGCCAGGCGAAGGAUUUCUACCUCGUGAAACUGCGCAACAUCACAGACUAUAUAUUCUCGAGGUUUUAGAAAAAGCAUUGAACGAUGCUAAUGUAACGUUAGAAGAUGUAGACGUGGUGUGUUAUACGAAAGGACCAGGAAUGGGAGCACCUUUAACGGUUGCCGCAUCGGUAGCAAGAACGGUUGCUCAAAUAUGCGAUAAACCAAUGGUUGCUGUAAAUCAUUGUAUCGGUCAUAUAGAAAUGGGACGUUUGAUUACAGGGAGUAUAAAUCCCACCGUUUUAUACGUUUCCGGUGGAAAUACACAAAUUAUCGCGUACUCUCGACAAAAAUAUCGCAUUUUUGGUGAAACAAUAGAUAUAGCUGUAGGAAAUUGUUUAGAUCGAUUUGCUAGAUUAUUAAAACUUUCCAAUGAUCCUAGUCCUGGUUAUAAUAUAGAACAGUUAGCAAAAAAAGGAAAGAAGUUAGCACCAUUACCUUAUGUAGUGAAAGGAAUGGAUGUAUCUUUUUCUGGUAUCUUAAGCUACAUAGAAGAACAUCUUCCUACUUGGCUCAAGUCAAAGGAGUAUACUCCGGAAGAUUUAUGUUUCUCUUUACAAGAAACAGUAUUUGCCAUGCUUAUAGAAAUUACAGAACGAGCAAUGGCCCAUGUAAACUCAUUGGAGGUAUUAAUUGUUGGUGGUGUAGGCUGCAAUGUGAGGUUGCAAGAGAUGAUGGAGGUUAUGUGUAAAGAAAGGAACGCGAAACUUCAUGCCACCGAUGAACGAUUCUGUAUAGAUAACGGUGUAAUGAUCGCUGUAGCAGGGUUACUUCAAUAUAAAAGCAGUGGCCAUACUUCCUGGUCAGAAACAACUUGUGUACAGAGGUAUCGAACGGAUGAUGUGCACGUAUCUUGGAGAGAAAAAGAUAGUUUUUUUGAAUAGUUUUUGCUUUGUUGGCCGGAGGUCUUGUUGGCGAGGUCCUCUUGGAGAGAGACAGAUAGUGCAUCUCUCUGUGUAACUGAUAGUGUAUACUCUAUAAAAUAUUAUCACGACACGGUUGGAUUCUCUGUUACUCACUCGUUUUGCCCUGUCAAAAAGACAUUGUAUUACAUGUUUGUUAAUAUACGUUUACGCAACAGC